AUGAAGUUUCUGGCUCCAUUCACUUUGGCGAUCGCCUCGCUCACGACAGCGAGCCCCAUUGAACCGCGCGCUGUGACAAAUUUUGACGGUUCACAGGGUGUGAGACUCAAUCUUGUCAAUGCCAGUUUUGGGCCAGAUGGAGGUCUUUACUACAAGGGAAUGGGACUUGCCCAGAUUUAUGACAAGGGCAAGAGUCUUCAGGCUGUCCAGGCACACUCCAAUCCCAACGUGCUGACCUACGGCGACCUGGACCGUCUCAGCGACCCAUACCCCUACAUUACUAGCAAAUUCACGGGUUCUAGCGGCACCUUUGACCUGGAGUCCUUCUACUAUGGCUGUGUUUUGGGCAACAAACCUGGCAACUGCGUCAUCACCGUUGUGGGCUUUAGGAACGGUGUCAAAGUGGCCGCGGCUUCCUUUUCUUAUGAGCCGGUAGCCACGAUCCCAGCCCCCAUGGCACAGCUCAGAUUGACCAGCGCCUUUCGCGAUAUUGACUCGGUCCGUUUCACCACCGUCUUCUCCGACAGUGCAAGUCACCCCGGUCUGGGAGGCGCCACCUUCUUGGACGACCUUCGAUACACGUACUUUGGUUCUUCCUAG